GGGGCAGGGGGAGUGACGUGGUUCCCGGGCAGGAGGUAGCGUGUUGCUGGCAGUCCCUGUGCUCCCCUCCAGCAGAGAUCCGGGGUAGAGCAGCCCGGCCUGAAGCCUGCAGGAGUGUGUCUUCCCCGGGGAGGCGGAGAACGGAAGAAGAUGGACCCCACAAGGAGUCAGUUGGACUCGGACUUUUCACAACAGGACACACCAUGUCUCAUUGUUGAAGACUCCCAACCAGAAAGUUUGGGGACAGAAGAUGACUUGGACCGUGCCCGCUUUGGACUGCCUCCUCACCAUCUGUCGAAUCUACAGUCAAAUGUUGAAAGUCCCGUUUUGGAGUAUGUACAAGGCUGUCCAAGCAAUAAACAUUCUUUUGGGGAUAAGGAGCACAUGGAAAUAAAUGAACUUUCUAAAGAAAAUCAUAAAGAUUCGGGGGAACCGAUGGACACACCAGAAGGGGACGCUGCUUUUAGCCAAGUGAUUGAAAGAAUUCCCUGCCCAACCAACACACUCAGUAAUUUUACCUGUGAUGAAAGUAUUGAACCCGAAGAAGCUGCCAACUGCUCCACGCAGUCACUUGAAGCUGAAGACGGAGGAACAUCUCAACCAGCAUUUGGGGCACUGGAGCUAUCCCAGAGCCAGGAUAUAGAUAGCCAACCCUCAAGAGCUGAUGAUGAAAGUAGUGUACCGCACCACAAACCUCAGACACUUGAAUGUAUCCAAGAAGAGCCUGAUGACAAUGGUGCUGAAACACGUGAAAACGAGAAUGUUACAGUUCACAUGGAAGAAGAACCUGAACGAAAUCAAGAAACCGGGGUUGUAAAAACUUCUUGUAAUGUAGAUGAGAAAAACACAUGCACUGCCUUAGAGGACCAGCUGAAAGAAUCCAAUGUAGAGGAGCCAUUCUGCUCAAAGACUGACGAAGAGAUGGAAGCCGCAGAUCUCGCCUCCAGUCAAGAUCUAUUCGGACAAGCUGAUGAAUCUGUCAGUCCUAAUGUAUCCAAGAUUGUCUCUACACCUGCUGAAAGCCUGCGCCUCCUGCAGUUCUCUGGACAGGCCAGCCUUACAUCUGUCGGUGUCUCAGAAGUUCCCACAGACCUUGCUUCUCCCUCCCCAGAUGAUAUCCAACCUACUCCCAUCAUUGAUCCCAGCACCCCCACAGGGCAGCCUGAAGAAGUAGUUGAAGACAUGGAAGUCUCGGUACCCUCAAAUAAGACAGAAGUGGCCAUGCAGCCCCCGGAAGAAGCUACAGGAUCCAAGAGUUGCCCCUUUGUCCCUGAGCCUCAAGUAUCCACUCCCGUUUGCCAAAGUGCUCCAACAUUUACGCCAGGGUCCCUUGCUGUUCCCUCACAGCCGGAGUUCUCGCAUGAUGUUUUCAUACCAACUCCAAGUCUUGAAGAUUCUCCUUCCAGAGAGCAGCCCCCCCAAUUCCCAAAGGGUGAAGAGGAUCAUAAAGCUUUAGAUCUAAAGCUUGAACUUUCUGAAGACCUGAAACCUACUGAGGGAGAUGUAACAGAUGAAUGUAAUCUACUGCUAUCCACAAGCGAACCUAGUCAGCUCUUAGAGAUGGACGAUACUCAUGAAGGAGAAGAUAGUGGGGCUACUCAAAUUGAAGUGGCCGCCGAAGAAACUAGUCGCCCUUCGUUAGAUCAAGAAAACCAAACCGUUUGUGAACCAGCGCUACUGGAAAAUAAAGAAGAACCUCCCACAAACAGUAAACUGUCCUCAUUUGUAUGUGUUGACUUGAGUGAUAAAAAUGAUAACAAAGAUGUUGAUUGUAUCACCAUUCCAAGCAGUUCUGAAAGUCAGGCACUCUUGGUGCCAUCGUUAAAUUCAGAUGCUUCUUUAAGCAUUUUAGACCAACACACAUCAGAACAAAAAUCAACUGUAGUUGUUGAAAGUGUGUCCGACGACUUGGAGGAAGUUCCUGAAACUCCAUCUCAGAAGGACAGUGAGGUUUAUAUGGUAACCGAAAGUGAGCAUGAAAAAGAGGGGGGCAACCUAAAUUUAGCACUGUCCGAGACCCAGCAUCCUUGCAAAGAGGACGUGGAUCCAGUAGACAAUGAAGAAGCAAUGGAGGUGGACCAAGAGGCACCCUCUGCAGAAAGUUUACCAAAGCCCUCUGAAGGUCAAAAAGAAGUGCUGCAGUCGGAAAAUUAUAACGAUGCUGCUAUGGACAUGGAGACCAGCCCUUGUGUAGUGCCCACAGUUGAAAAUAUUCCCGCACAAGCUGAAAUGCCUGAAUGUAACAAAUCUCCAACCACACCUACUAAAGAAUUACACAUCGAUAAAUCAAGCCCUGAUCAGAAUGCUGAAAAAGCCAAUGAUUCAGAUUCUGCCAAAGAUGUUUUGGGCAAAUCUGCGCACAUUUGUCAAGUAGAUGCCAGCCCCGAUAAUGUGAAGACGGACUGUGUUGUGCCUUUAGCAGAUGAUUGUAACAUUUCUGUGAACCCUCCGCAGCAGAGUUCAAACCUUCCGUCCACAAGCACUGAUUUCCUUGCAACUAAAGACAAGUUACCAGACCCAGACCAACAGCAGUGUGCCCUUCUGGAAGAGCCAGUUGAUAUGGAUAUCAUGGAGAAAGAAACUCAGCAGUAUCCGGUGCCUAUUGAAAAGAAAGAAUGUAAAGAGGAUACUCUUAAGCAAAAUGUGAUGCCCUCUGGAAAAGACCCAGUGCCAGUAUGCCCUAAUGCACAAAAACCACAGGGCACGGAAAAUGCUGAUCUAACAUUACAAGCAGAACAGAAGCUACCAGUAGUUGUAGCAGCACCAGAUGUCAAAGAGGACCCUCAUGGAAAUAACUUGUCUGGAUCUAGUACAAAACAAGCAAAUGAAACAUGUAGUGUUAUUGUAAUAGAAGAGACUCAAGAGUUGGCGGAUAGUAAUCAACAAGAGCCUGCCCUAGCAAAAGAUGUAGAGCCUGCCCUAGCAAAAGAUGUAGAGCCUGCCCUAGCAAAAGAUGUAGAGCCUGCCCUAGCAAAAGAUGUAGAGCCUGCCCUAGCAAAAGAUGUAGAGCCUACCCUAGCUAAAGCUGUAGAGCCUGCCCUAGCAAAAGCUGUAGAGCCUGCCCUAGCUAAAGCUGUAGAGCCUGCCCUAGCUAAAGCUGUAGAGCCUGCCCUAGCUAAAGCUGUAGAGCCUGCCCUAGCUAAAGCUGUAGAGCCUGCCCUAGCUAAAGCUGUAGAGCCUGCCCUAGCUAAAGCUGUAGAGCCCACCCUAGCUAAAGCUGUAGAGCCCGCCCUAGCUAAAGCUGUAGAGCCUGCCCUAGCUAAAGCUGUAGAGCCUACCCUAGCUAAAGCUGUAGAGCCUGCCCUAGCAAAAGCUGUGGAGCCUGCCCUAGCGAAAGAUGCCGCGCCUGCCCUAGCGAAAGAUGCCGCGCCUGCCCUAGCGAAAGAUGCCGCGCCUGCCCUAGCAAGUGAUGUGCCUGACUCUGGACAAAAGAAGAAAGCAGAGCUUUCUGUAACUGAAUUGAAUGAGCCAGCUGUGUAUACUCUGCAAAAUCCAUGCGAGGCGCCACAAAACAAGACCAGUAUGUCCGAGGAUUUGAAACUGUUAGAACCUCACAGCACAGAUAAAGAUGUUGCAGUUGUUGGUAUUAAUGAUGUACAGAAAGACUUGGAUAGGAAUCCUAAAACUUCCGUCCAGAAAGAGCAUCCGCAGACUGUACAGCUGAGAGUAGAGAACACCAACGCUUUUCCUUUGUCAUUUAAUAAAUGUACACCUGAUACGUCUGCUGCGUCUUGUGAGGAUGAGGCACACGGAGGGGAUUCGGAGUUCCAGGAGAAAACGGGAGAACAAUCGACGCGUAGUAUGUGUGAAAGCUCCAGCGAAACACCAUUCCACUUUACCUUGCCAAAGGAAGGGUACCUUAUUCAGCCGGGAAGCACUGUUACCCCGCCCAUGAUUGGUCAGUUGAAACGGGGACCAAGAAGGCAUAGUACCCCAAUCGGGGUUGGAGGCUGUCCAGACAGCACCCUGGCAACCAGUGAUGUGACAGCUGAGAGCACGGUGGCAACCAACAAUGUCACAGUUGAGAGUGCCAUGGUGACCACAGAUGUGUCUGAGGAAAGCGAAAGGGGAAGUUCUGGAUCUGCCUCUGAUGGUGAUGGAAAGCUGUGUCUGAGAAUGAAACUGAUCACACCCGUAAAUGAGGAGAGCGAUGGGGCUCCGCAGUUUAACUUGGAAAAACCUGCUGCUGCUGAGAGGACAAAUGGAACUGCUGCUGUUGCUGGAGAUGUUGCCAGCACAGAGAAUUCCCCUUCUGUGUUUGUACGUGUGUGUGAAGUCCAUCGAGAAGAGGAGAGCAGAGGUCGCAAUGUGCCUACAACUCCUGUUAGAGGAAGUCCCUUCCACUUCUCCAACAAAGAAAAAGAUGGAGCAUCUAUGGCUUCGCAACAUAUAAAAGAAAUGCGUGAGCAGGAUAGGGAUCACCAGACUACCUCGGGGUAUUCUAUCCAGGACUCUUCAUUGGAUCAGGAGGAGGAAGCCAUGGAAACUGACCAUAGCUUGGAGGAGGGUGAACAACAUGUGCAGAAAGAAGUUCCAAGGAACAUUCAAAAUGUAGCUAAUGCUUCCCAGGAGUUGAAUGUAGAGGAACAACCUUCUUUGGCGCAGACAAACAGAGAAGUCCAAACCGUCAGUACAGUGGAUCCUAAAGCAUUUGCAGUGUCCUCCUUCACCCAGACCGACAACGUGUCUAGUCCACCAAUAACGACCGCUGCUGGUAUGACACCAGGAAAACCUGUGAAACGGACUGAACAGGAUGCUGGAAAACCUGAAAAUACAAAACAGGGGCUUGGAGAUGACACUGAAUCUGUACACAGUCAGGGCGAGGAAGACUUUGAAUUGCCUCGGCCGCCUCCUGGACGUAGCCUUCAUCGCCAUGUGCGUACAAUUCGUGAAGUUCGCACCGUGGUCACCCGAAUCAUCACAGAUGUCUAUUACAUGGAUGGAACAGAGGUGGAACGCAAAGUUGUAGAGGAAGCCGAGGAGCCCAUAGUUGAAUGCCAUGAAUAUGAAAAUGAGGUGUCCCCUUCAAGGACUGCGGUCUCGUCUCUGACUUCUGGAGAUCUUGCAGAUAUUAGUUCCUUUUCCUCAAAAGCAUCAAGCCUUCAGCGCACAUCUAGUGGAGCAAGCAGCGGCCUCUCCGCCGGGCAAAGCACUAGCGGUGGCAGUUCUGAUAAAGGAAAAGCGACACUGAGAGGAAAAGCUGGCCAUUUGGAGUCUGGGGAAUUUGCCAUGCCAUCUGGACGUGGUAACCUUGGGAAAUUGAGUCCUAGGAAAGUGUCCAGCCAGCCAGGGUCUUCACGCCAAACUGGAAGACAAACAGGGGUGCAAGUGAGUGAAGAUGAUGCAGAUGCAUCGCUUGGAAACAGACCAGGGGCCAAAGCGCCCCUUACACCCCGUGGAAGAGGGAGGAGGGGACGUCCUCCUUUUCGAGGAACUGGAUCAAGGGAAGUGGGCUCUUCAAAUGCACAAGCUGAGGAUUCCACUGCAGCCGCUGUUCCUGAUGAAGAACCGUUCACACGCAUUACUGCUUGUCAUCCAGAAGCCCGGGACAGAGCAAGCCCAGGAACCCCUACCACACGCCGCAGCGACUCCCCUGAAAUCCCCUAUCAGACGUCUUCAAAGAAUAUUAGCAUGGACACCUCCUCAUCAAGUAGUAGUUUUGUUGGACUUAAAGUUGUGGCCAAGUGGUCCUCCAAUGGUUAUUUUUACUCUGGCGCCAUUACUCAAGAUGCUGGAGGUGGUAAAUACAAGCUACUGUUUGAUGAUGGCUAUGAAUGUGACGUUCUAGGAAAAGAUAUUUUAUUAUGUGACCCUAUUCCUUUGGAUACGGAGGUGACGGCUCUCUCAGAAGAUGAAUAUUUUAGUGCAGGAGUGGUAAAGGCUCACAAGAGAGAUUCUGAAGAACUGUGGUACUGCAUUGAAAAGGAAGGACAAAAGAAAUGGUACAAAAGGAUGGCGGUAAUCCUAUCCCUAGAACAGGGGAAUAAGCUCAGAGAGCAGUUUGGCCUCGGCCCCUAUGAGCCAUCAACGCCCUUGACCAAGGGAUCAGACAUAAGUCUUGAUAAUCUAGUAGAAGGAAAGCGGAAACGAAGAAGUAAUAUAAAUGCGAUUGGCACACCAACCACUCCUAGUACUUCCAAUUCAAGCACCCCAACCAGAAAAGGAACCGAGGUGUCCCGCAGUUCUCUAGCUCCGCUGUCUGGAAAAAGGAAGUUGAUUAGUUCAGAUGAUGAAAAAUCUCCUGCAAAGCGCGGUCGCAAAUCUGUUCUGGCAAAGUCUGAAGGUCCAGCAAAAGGAGGCGACUUUAUGAGCCCCAAUGAAAGUGGAGACAAUGCAGGUGACCAGACUACCCUGGAGGAGACCCAUGGGCCUCUACCUCAAAAUAAGUUACUAUUCGCAGGAUACGCCUUUCUUCUAACUACAGCCACAUCCGGUGACAAAGUCAACAAUCUCCUGAAGUCACAAGACAUAUCCUCCUUCAGCAGUGAAGAUGAUGAAGAAUACAUUGAAAGCACACCGUAUAGCCGACGGUACACAGAAGAACAGCUCCGGGCUGGUGGGGGCUGCAUUAUUGACAAUUUCAGUGAAGCACUGUGCAAGCCAGAUUCAAAAUGUUUUCUGAUUGCUGACCAGCACUGUCGAACCCGGAAAUAUUUUCUGUGCCUUGCCAGUGGAAUCCCUUGUGUGUCUCAUGUCUGGGUACACGACAGUUGUCACUCUGAUGAGCUGCAAGGUAUCAGCAAUUACCUCCUCCCGGCCGGGUACAGCUUUCAAGAAGAUAAAAUUUUGGAAUGGCACGGCUCUAGGCAUCCUUUCAAAGGUUUGCGCUUUCUUGUGGUAUCCGACCAGCUAGAGGGUUUCCUGGAAAUAUGGACUGAAAUAUUAAUGGUCGGAGGCGCAGCAUCUACCAAGCAGCACAGUUCUGCAGAUGCAAACAAAGAUAUCGCGUUGGGCGUUUAUGAUGUAGUCCUCACAGAUCGUUCAUGUCCAGAAUCCAUUUUAAAAUGUGCUCAAGCUCUUAACCUUCCAGUGGUUUCAUCAGAAUGGGCGAUCCAGAGUCUCGUUAAUGGAGUGCAAGUCGGUUACAAUAAGCACCCGAAAUACAAACAUGACUAUGUUGUGAGCUAAGAAGACUCCACGUCCAUCCCAAUACCCUUUUUAUCGAUCCUCCUCCUUUUUGCUGCUUAUUUCAUUGUGCAUAUAUUGUGUUUUAUUGAAGUUUUAGAUAGUUUUAAUUGUUUGUGUUUAUUCUACAUUUGCAUGUAUCCACUUGUACAUAGUUUUAACUGCUGGACUUUUAUGAUAAAAAAAAUAAAUGUUAAAUCUUUGUUUUAAAUAA